AAACCCAAAAACCAACAACAACCAACAAAAAAAACCCAAGCACUUCGAGCAAGAUGCGAUCACCUAUCAACAUCAGAACACUCAGGGAUAUGACUAGGAGGGACCAGUUCGCAAGUACCGAGUUACUCCGAAGGGCAUACCUAUACCUGGCCAGGAACGAAGGACUGCCGAUGAAACUUCGAGCUCAGGCUCAGUUAUCAUUGAACAAUCUGCCCUCGAACUCUCAUCCGACUAAGAUCCACGAACGAUGUAUUAUCACCGGCAAAGGUAGAGGGGUGAUCGCUAAACUGGGUCUCUGUCGACAUCAAUUGAAGCUCAAGGCUACCAGGGACAAAUGGAUGGGAUUCGAGAAGGCAGUCUGGUGAUGGUUGUAGUGUAGUGUGGUCGAUUUCAUUUAUUUGAACAAAAAGAAAUCAUUUUUACAAGUUUAAAAUAAAUACAAAGUGAUGUAGCCAACACAAACGAACCGAGACCCUCUUGUUGAGUUAGACCGAGUUGAUGCCAAAUGGUCAAUCAGGACGGCAGAUAGGAUGGCCAAAAUCAAUCUUCCCCUCCCGCUGCCUGUAACCGGUACUUCAUCAUAGAAAGGAUGCCCGGUAUCAGAGUCAUUAAGCACUUCACGCUCGAAGUCAAUCGGGUUCCGUGUUUGACUCUGAUACCUCCAACCGGCCCUCAAAAAAAAUGAGUUCGAAGGGAGGAGGGGAUAGUUUACAGGAGCACGGAGAGGGCUGGCGAAGUGGAGUCUUU